AUGAGUACAGGCACAAGUGCAGGCAUAAGACGGAGCCUUGGAACGGCAUGUCACUCAACAAGGAUGCCUCGUUAUGCACAUGAUGAUGGUGCUGCGUUGGCUGGCCGGGCGAGAAGGGGGUGUCGAGCGGCCGCCCUUUGGCGGGACAAUGUCGUGGGAGAAAGAAGCGAGGCAUCGAGGUCUUUUGUUCGGCAUGUCACUUGCGUGUCUGUCCCGAGACUGGCGGAUUCGUUGAGGGUUGGGCGACGAGGUCGAAGAACCACAGUCGUGUCAUCGUCCCCGGAGCGCCAGCGGCCGUUCAGCUGCCAGGCUUCCUCGGCGCCAGCGACCCAGUGGUUUCAGGCACGGGCUCAGGCGACCGGGGGCGUGUUGGGCGCGGAUUGGCCGGCGGGGGCGGGCGAGGCACCUUGGCCGGCAGCGCGUGACAGCGCGGACAGCCGGAGAGGCGGGAUCGCGAUGGGGCCGCCCAAUGGGCGAUCCGGGGUAGAUUCGGGUGCUGAUAGUGCUGGUGGUGUCGUCUACCUAGGCGCGAGGGACCGAGGGCCGGAUAAGGGAAUUCUGGAUCGGAUGGUACACCAUCAUGUGUUGGGGGGACGCCGUUAUCAGCACCUCACGGCACGGCGUACCUAA